AUGAAAGAAGUCCUCAUCUCCGUUGACGCCUCCAAGAAGCUCAUCACCAACAUCCACGACGUCCCCAUCCCCACGCCGGGACCCAAGCAGGUCGUGAUCCGAAAUGUGGUCGUCGGCACGAACCCCAAGGAUUGGAAGUAUGCUCGCUCCUUUGCCCCUAAGCCGCAGAACACCGGCGACGACGUGGCAGGCUACAUCCACGCCGUCGGCUCAGACGUCACCGAGUUCCACGUGGGCGACCGCGUCGCCGCCUUCCAUGAGAUGCGCACGCCUCAUGGCGCCUUUGCCGAAUACACACUAGCCUACGCCAACACCACCUUCCCCGUCCCACCCGCCACCCCGCUCGAAUCCGCCGCCACCAUCCCCCUCGCGGCCAUGACCGCCGCCGUCGGCCUCUACGCGCGCCUCGGCCUCCCCGAGCCGUGGGCCAAAGUCCACCCCGCGCGCGCCCUCGCCUCGCAAGGCGGCGUGGUCGUCUACGGCGGGGCCAGCGCGGUGGGCGCCUUCGCCAUCAAGCUGCUGGUGCGCGCGGACGUGCACCCCAUCAUCGCGGUCGCAGGGCGCGGUAUGGACUAUGUGCGCGGCCUGCUGGUGCCGGCGAAGGGGGAUGUCGUGCUCGAUUACCGGGCGGGCGACGAGGCUGUGGUGGCGGGGAUUAGGGGGGCGGUGCCGAAGGGUGGGAAAUUGAUGUACGCGUUUGACGCGGUCAGUGAGAAGGGCAGCGUGGGGAAUAUUUGCAAGGUGCUGGAUGACAAAGAGGGAAGUAUCACGACGGUGUUGCCCGGGAGGGAGCAUCCGGAGAUUCCGGAGGGGGUGAAGCAGACGUUGACCACCGUGGGGUCCGCGCACGGCGUGCCGGAUGAUCUAUCGGAUUUGGCGUUUGUGUGGUUCCGCGCGUUUGCGUUGGGGUUGAGGGAGGGUUGGUUCGAGGGUCAUCCGUAUGAGGUGGUGCCGGGCGGGUUGGGGGGCGUGGGGCAGGGGUUGAACAAUCUGAGGGAGGGCAAGGCGAGUGCAGUCAAGUAUGUGUAUCGUGUGGAGGAGACGGAGGGGUUGGAGAAGAGUCGGAUGUAG